AUUUUAUGUGAAGAUGAAAAGAAACUAUAUGGCUGUAGAGCAAUUUUAGCUGCAAGGUCCGAAGUAUUUGAUAAAUUACUUUAUAAUGGGAUGAAAGAAAGUUAUGAAAACCAAAUUUCUUUUCCAACGAUUAAUUCUUUUGUAAUGGAAAUUGUGUUGGAAUAUACUUAUACAGGUUCAAUUAAAGAAGAAUCAAUAACGAAUAAUAAUUUAAUAGAAGCUUUUUGUGCUGCAGAGUAUUUUCAUUUAUCAGAUCUUCAAGAUUUUAUUAUGAAAAUUAUUAAAAAUAAAUUAGAAACAGAUUAUUCACCAGAGUUACUAUCUAAAGCCGCGGAAUUAAUGCCAUUAACGGAGGAUAAUGCAUUUCUCAAUUUAUUGGUUGAAGCAGUAGCAAUUAUUCCAUUAAAUACUAUCGAAUUUGGUCGAUUAUCAACUACAGGACUUAAAUAUCUCUUAUAUUGUACACAUAAAAAAGAAAAGUUCUUUGCAACUCCAGAAUAUGAAGUUUUUCGAUAUAGUGCUAUUCUAGCAGCAAAGCAAGUUUCGGAUAAUGCAUUUCAAGCUCUUACGCAACAGUUGCCAUCCUUGGAACAAAUAGAGAAUCCAAUUCAAGGAAUAAACGAAUCUAUUACCGACAAUCAAACAGUUGCUGAAGAAUUGGAUCCUUUAGCUAAAUUUAUUGAUUUUAGUCAAAUUAAAGGAAGAAUUUUAACUAAUAUUAUUGAACCAUUGAAAAUUAUCUCGACUGAAAUAAUUUUUAAUGCUUAUCGACAAAAAGUAACAUCGCUUAACAAUGAUAUUAAUGGAACUCGAGGAAUACCCUAUGAUUUUGAUUAUGUUUGGGAUAGUUCAGCGUGUGGAUCAAAACUCAUUAUUGAAAAUAAUAAAAAAGUUGUAAGUGCGCCAAAUGGUGUUAAUUCAUACCAAGGUAUUAAAGCUAAAGUGGCGUUAGAAGAUAAUGGCAUUUUUGAAUUUGAUUUUGUUAUUGAGAAAGAUUGUAAACCUGCUUGGGUUGGAGUAUGUUCAUCAGAGCAUAUUAAUUUUGAAACUAUGUCGAAGGCUCAAUCUACUAUAUGGGUAUUAAGUUCUACUGGUUAUUGCUUUAAUUCUGGUAAAGGAUCAAAUUAUUGCCAACCAUUUGGAAAUGGCGCAAAAGUCAUUGCACAUGUAGAUAUGAAUAAAAGAACUUGCGCUUUUACAGUCAAUGGUAAAAGGUAUCCGGUAGUAUCGGGGUGGAAUAAUUUACCAUCAAAGCUUUAUCCUCUAGUAACAUUACGCCAUCCUGGUCGCUAUCGAAUUCAAUUUUAUCAUAGAAAAUAAUUUAAAGGUCGUUAAUAUAGAAGAUGAAUAAGAAAAAAAUUUUAAUUCGAAUGACGUACAGUAUGUAUUUGUAUUAUAUAUCGAAGUCUAAAAAUGAAUAAACAAAAAGUACUUUGUAUGCUGAUUUACACAAUUAACAUAUUUUUUACGUGAUAAAAUAAUCCGCUCGAUACACCUGAAUGAGCCGAUACCUCGAUCUCGAUAUGCCUAAAAUACAGGUCAUACGACGGUAUAAUACCCGUCCCAAAUAUAACGGAUUAUAAUAUGAAGAUUUCUUUAAUUUUUAUUGGGAUUGUCAGUACUAUAGUACUAUGGUGGCUGUCACCUAUAAAC